GAGCACAAGGAAUUAAGCAAACCAACCAUAGCAUCAGCAUCAUCAUCAUCAUGGGUGGUGAUUCCAUUGUUUCUCAUGAAGGAAACAUGGGUUUAUGUGUUUGACCAAAUUACCAACAUACGCAAUGCUCAGGUACAGAUGAAGAUUCUUGUUUGGAGGAGGAUUCUCCCUUGAUUUCUUCUCACUCCCCACCUGCUCUCAGGGAUAGGAUGGGCUUGCAGGAUGAAGACACUAGAGUGAAUGGGGAGAAUGGGUUAGUUUUUGGAGAAAUUGAUGAAGAAAGUACACCGCCUUCUUCAAGGGUUGAUUUUCAAGUCAAUGAAAGGAAAAGGCUUAGUAUCUACCAAGAAAUCCUGCAAAGUUAUGAUGAACUGAAGAUUAAUAGCAAGAAUUUGAAAGAGGCAAAAGAAAAAAUCUUGAGCUAUAGGCCUGGAUCAUGGAUAGAGAAAGUUGGUGGCUUAAAAUUAUGUGAUUAUGAUAUACCAAAGACAACAUGCCUCAUAUUGGUCGGUCCAAGUGGAUCUGGGAAAAGUAGUCUCAUAAAUAGAAUCUCUAAGGUGUUUGAGGAUGACAAAUUUGCACCAGCGAGGGCACAAGUAUCAUCUAAUUCACUGAUGGGCAAUGGAACAUAUUUCCUCCGGGAGUACCUGAUUCCAAGAGACUCAAAUUCUAUCUGUGUGUAUGAUACGCGUGGUUUGUCAGAUAAUUCACAUGAGAAUGAGAAUAAUAGAAUGCUGAAGAGUUGGAUGACAAAAGGAGUUCGACAUGGAGAGCUUGUUGUCAGGAAGACAGAUAAUCAGAGAUUGAGGAAAAGUUUGAAGUAUAAAGCCCACAAGAAAGGUUUCUUUUCCAGUAAGAGCAGAAAAGUUAAUUAUGUAAUAUAUGUUGUUAAUGGCCUUUCGGUUUUGAAAGCAAUGGAGAAUACUGGUGCUUUAGAGACACAGUACACUGAAACAAUUGUUUCUACUUUCAAUAGCCCGUUCCUGUCCUUUAAAGAUGACAAACCUGUACUUGUUUUCACUCAUGGGGAUCUACUUUCACUCUCUGACCGUGCUCGUGUCCGUGCACAUUUGGGAUUGUUAUUAGGAAUUCCACCAACAAAACAAAUUUUUGACAUCCCAGAAUGUGAUGAUCUAGUGACUGAAUCUGCCAUAAUUGAAAUGUUACGCUACAGUCUUGAGCACGCUGACAGAAAUUUUCCUCAGAAAAACAAAGUUAUGGAUAAGGUUCACAAAAUAUCUCUAUCAUUAUGCAUGAUUUUGUUGAUCCUAGGAAUAGGAGUUGUCAUUGCCUUGGCACAAAAUAAGUUCAUACACCAGUGUCAUGCCCCUCAACAGCAAGCUCCUAGUAAAAAAGUUCAUGCCACACGUCCAAAACUCAAAGUUCCUGGGAAGAUACCCAAAAUAGAGUGGCAUAAAAUUCGGCACAUAUGGUAGCUGUGAAUGGUGCUGAUAUGGCUCGUCUAUAUUGUAUAUAUAAUCUGGUAUCAAGCUAGGCGAAAAGAUGUGUAAUUUAGAAGCACUUUGUUACUAUUGAAUUAACAACAAUAAGCAUGUGUAUCUGUUGUUUUUGCUCCAUCAGGCUUCAUCAAAUAAAGGCUUUUCUAAUUUAUGUGUAAUAGUAAUUUUACAAUAAUAUGUGGUUGAGUCAGGAGAGGAAGAGCCUCUACGAGAUCAUCUUUUGUACAUUUGUAGUAUGUACAUCUGCUAUUCAA